AUGACAAGGAAGAAGGUCAAACUUAUGUGGAUUGUGAAUGAUAGUGCUAGGAAAGCCAGUUUCAAAAAAAGGAGGGUGGGAUUAUUGAAAAAAGUGAGUGAGCUGACCACCUUGUGUGGUGUGAAUGCUUUUGUCGUCAUCUAUGGCCCUGACAAUGAGGAGCCAGCAGCUUGGCCCUCCCGCCAGGUGGUGCAACAACUGCUGACAAGGUUCCAGAGCGUGCCAGAAAUGGAGAGGCACAAGAAAAUGAUGAACCAAGAGACUUAUCUCCGUGAGAGGGCAACCAAAACGCAAGAACAGCUGCGGAAACAACAGAGGAAGAACAAAGAAAUGGAGAUGGGUCAUCUCAUGCACCAAGUAGAUCAAGGUAAGGGAUUGGCAGAACUUGAACUGUGUGAAAUGACAGGUUUGGCGUGGAUGCUGGAGGAGAAGAUCAAGGAGAACAGGAAAAGGAUGGAUUAUUUCCAGCAGGUUUCAGGUUCUAUGCCUCCUCCACCUCCUGAUUCGGAUGACAUAGGCCGAGCAGGAGGCAGUACAGGUGCUGAUCAGGGUAGGGCUCCCACAGAGUCUUACAUCUGCUGCCAGUAA